AUGGUUCUCACCUUACUUCAAACGUUGCGAUUAAACAGAAGCUCCACGGAAAAGAUGGCCUCUUCCAAGACCGAUACAUCUACACUACGAAAAUUGAAAUUCAUAAAGGCACCUCAUCAAGCGCAGCGUAAUAGCGACAAGGGAAAAACCAAAGGCCAAGUCAACAGCACUAUCACGAACGUCGAAGUAGCCAACCACAGCGUUGUCGAUGCAUCCAAGUUUGAUAUUUUCGAACGUGGUCCAGAGGAUAGUGACGAUGACGAUCUUCUGGGCAUGAUUGUUCGACCUGUUCGAGUUCCCAACUCUCAAACUCUCAACAUGAAGGUUUUGGCACAUCCUAACGACAUUGAUUCAACGACUUUCACACCUGGAUCCCUGCUCAAUCCUAUUCAACGUGAAGCCUAUAGCCCUCCCCAUACUUAUGAAAGCAAACAGGAAUACGUUAAGUCAAGUGAAGAGGAUGAGAGCAAACAGGAAUACACUGAACAAAGUGAAGAUGAUGAAGAAGUGCCUCUGGCUUUUGUCAAGUUCAGGGUACUGAGACAAAAGAGUGCAUUUGAAGACCUUCAGAUGCCUUCUGAAGGCUGGUCGUUCUCUCGCCGUGCCAUCAGUUACGACCAACUACACUACACACUUCAACCCAAGAGCGACGACAGCGCAUCCGACGAUGACAGUGAUGAAUUGUAUUUCGACGCAUGCUAUGAUCUUCAGUUUCAUCCACAGCGGCAUAGUAUCGAUGACGACCACAUUCUGCGACAUAGCAUGUCUGCUCCCAAAGUGACAUUAUUAUCGACCAAGCAGGCUAAACCUGUUCAUGUACAAGUUGAAGAGGCUAUGUCAGCACAGACUGUCCAUGUCGACUAG